UGCGGUCCUUUUAAAAUAGGAGUACUUUUUUACAUGAAAUCAUCUAAAUAAAAAUUUCAACAUUAAUGUAUCGCAAUUGACCUCUCAAUGUGUCUCAAACAUCGGAUAUUAAUUUUAUCAUGUUUUCAAAUCCUUAUUUUAGCUCCAACAGCUUUACCUGGAGCUAAUGAUUUACAUUUUUAUGAUGGGACUUCUGCUGCUGAUAUUAUAUCAGGAGAUGUAUUUUUUGAAAUAGUUGACCCCCCUGAACUAAGAUAUUCAUAUCGUAUUAGACCAGCUAAGGAUUUUGGUGCAACAUUUAAUGACAGUUUAUUUUUUCAUGAAGCUCUGUUAGUACCUACAAUUCCAUUACACAGCUGCUCAGACAUAGUGAAUCAGGAAGAUAUUGUAGGACACAUUGCAUUAUCUGAAAGAGGAGAAUGCUCUUUUGUUUAUAAGGCAGCUAAAGCACAGCAAGCUGGUGCAAGAGCAAUAAUUAUUACAGAAUUUAUUGAUAAAGGAGAUGAUUCACUGGAUCAUUUGAUUGAGAUGGUUGACGAUAAGAUGGAAUUGGAUGUAAACAUCCCUGCAGCGUUUCUCCUUGGUCGAAGUGGAGCCACCAUUCUUCGUACACUGAAGAGAUUGCAUAGACGAGCAGCUGUUAUUAACCUACCUGUAAAUAUGACACAUAAGCCUAUCAACAAAAUGAACCAACCACCCUGGAUUGCAUGGUGACAACGCUGAAUCAUAGACGAAAAUGGAUAACCAAAGAGGUUUUGGUGUUACAGAGUAGAGUGACACUUAUAAUAACUUCGUCUAUGAUUUAUAUUCCCUGAUGAACAUGAAUAGUUGUCCAUUAAGUAAAUCUAAUUUAAUAGCUCCAAAAUGCUCUGCCAUCAUGACAACAGAUAUACAGCCACUUGCACAAAUAUCCAUUAAAAUUGUUAUUAGUUUAAAGCGACAUUACCCCUACAAAUUUGACACUCAUUAGAGUUUAAAGUUUACAUUAAACUUUAAUAGACGUUUGAGCAACUGGCCCAUAAUCCCUUAUAUUUAAUGUAUCAAAUGUACAAUUAAUAGCACAUUAGGUAAUACAAAUCUAUAAAAUUUCUCAUUCGAUUUUAAUCAUUAAAGCUAUGAGAGUAGAGUUUAAAAUGGAUUGCAUAAAUUUUACAUAUUGUGGCAACCUGACAUACACACAAUAAAUACAAAUCUGCCAAAGGUCAACAGUUUAUUUUAAACCUUAAUGUGUUGAGAGUGGAACUGAAAAUUAAAUUGUGAAAAUUUGACAUAUUGUGGUAACUGUGUGUACAUGUAAAAUUGUACAUGAAAAAAAUGUAGACAAAUAUAAUCCUUAAAACUCUUGUGUAAUAUUAAUAAAUG